UCAUAGCUCGUGUGCAGUUUGUCACGUAAUCCAUGCUGCCUUUCGCUGGAUUGCGACGGUUUGGAGUCAUCCACCUCACUCACCAGUUCACACUCUAGACUGCAGAGAAGACAAACUUGCAACUCCUCCCACAGUUACCUGAGUGAAAAAAGUGUUUUUCCUUGUCCGAGGUGACCUUCCGAAGCAGCAGGAGAAGUUGUUGACAACAGGCGGUUCCUGGUUCUCCACUGGAGGAAGUUGGACAACAACAGAGACACGACGGACAGCAACGAACGGCGGCACCAUGGCAGCGGUGGCAGUUGAACAACCCUCCGACGUGAAAAUCGUCAAGGCCAAACCCGUGCGAAAGGUGUUCAAGGGAGCCACACGAGUGAUUAACAAAAUUCCACAAUCUCUGCUUAACGAUCCGGAGCUGAAUGCGGCGAUCAGUGUUCUUCCCACGAAUUACAACUUUGAGAUUCACAAAACGAUAUGGCGCAUUCAGGAGAUGAAGGCCAAACGGGUUGCGCUGCAGCUACCGGAGGGGCUUUUGAUGUUUUCCCUGGUGAUAAGUGACAUCAUUGAAAAAUUCACCGAAGCAGACACGAUAGUCAUGGGCGACGUCACAUAUGGGGCAUGCUGCGUAGAUGAUUUCACUGCCAAAGCUCUCGGAGCAGAUCUGCUGGUGCACUACGGACAUAGCUGCCUCAUUCCCGUGGACCAAACGGCCGGCAUAAAAGUGCUGUACGUAUUUGUAGAUAUCAAAAUAGAUGCCCUGCACUUCAUUGAAAGUGUGAAGUUAAACUUUCCCAACCAACGUAAACUGGCACUGGUCAGUACGAUUCAGUUUGUGGCCACGCUUCAUUCAGCUGCCAAGGAGCUAAGGGAGGCCGAAUAUGACGUAUUGAUUCCGCAGAGUAAGCCCUUGAGCCCUGGAGAAAUCCUCGGAUGUACGGCUCCCCGGAUACCGGAUGAACGGAUAUUGAUCUACUUGGGAGACGGCCGGUUUCACCUGGAAGCGGCCAUGAUUUCCAAUCCUUCGCUGAAAGCCUACAAGUACGAUCCCUACGAGAAGAAGUUCACCCGGGAGCACUACGACCACGCGGAAAUGCGACGCAACCGGAAGAAGGCCAUCGAUGCCAGCAGAGGAGCGAAAAAGUUCGGGCUGAUUUUGGGGACUCUGGGUCGACAGGGGUCUACCAAGGUGAUGGAUCAUUUGCAGAAACGAUUGAAGCAGCACAAUCGACAAGCGGUUAUCAUUCUACUGUCGGAGAUAUUCCCAACAAAGCUGGAACUCUUCAAGGACGUCGAUGCGUUUGUGCAGGUGGCAUGUCCGCGCCUUUCCAUCGACUGGGGCACUGCAUUCCCGAAACCACUUCUUACACCGUACGAACUGUCGGUGGCGCUGGGUGACGCAGAGUGGAAACUACCCGAUGACAAUAAAAUCUCCAACGGACACCAAGCGCACACGACAAACGGCAUUACUUCGGCACCGGCAGCAAAGGAGGAAGUCUACCCGAUGGAUUUCUAUGCCAACAAAAGUCUGGGAGAAUGGACGCCCAACCACAAGCCGUUGGACAUUUGCGAGAAUUCCUUGGAUGGCGGAUGCUGCGGCCGGUGCACGGAGGAGAAAAACCGGGAAAAGAAACUGGGCUUAUGAUUUGGCUUCUAGACAGCGGCAUCGCCGCCCAUUUUAUCUCAAUAUGUGUGGAUAAAUAGAUGAAUGAAUGCAAUCGCCAUUUGUUGCAUCUUGCA